AUGUUGCAGCGUUCUAGGCUGCGGGAGAUCAGGUUCAGUUCAUUUCUGCCUUCUGGGCAUGAAAUUGAUAUCAAAAGAUCCAUUUAUACGAGAAGUUGGCUCAACUCAGCUGUAAGAGAGAAUGAGGCGGUGGUGAUGUGCACUCGGAGGCCCCCUUGUCCGUUUGGCGAUGGGCCCAGUUGCUGUGUGGCAGGCGGUGGGGUCAGGCAGGGUAGCAACGCGUGGCCGUAG